UUGAAAAACUGUAAAAGUUUUAUACAUGUCUGCUUGCUAGAAGAAACAGGUGGUGUCAAAGCAUCCAUUUCAAGGGGUCCUACACCACGGGAAUCCUCUCAUAUCGCAUUUGGGUCAAAGGUUAUUGGACCUCCUCCACUGACUGCAAGGAAGAGGAGCACAUCAGCCAACAGGAAAGAAGAAAGAUCUAAAUCCGAACUGAGUCUCAACAUACCACAAGGCAGAGCUGAAAAUACACAGCCUCGGCCACCACUUGAAAGGCCUUCAGCAGAGAGAGCGGGCACUAAAAGACCACAGGGAAUCCACAGUGUGGGGAGAGAAACAUCAAGUACAGAUAAAGAAGGUGGCAAAAUUAGCCCAAACCAAGAGGGACCUGAGUCUCAAGGAAAAGCUGCACUACAAAUCAUGUGCUCUGACUUAACAGUGGAAGAUAAAUUAACUUACCUGAACCUACAAGAUGAUGCUGACCUUUGUGACACGGAAAGUGUGCUCUCUCUCUGCGAUGAGGAAUACGAAGAGGAAGUCUUCACCUUCUCCUCAUGCCCGCACUCGGCCAGACGAAAUCAGGCUAGCAACGACCCUGACAGUGAUUUGACCUUUGGCCUUAAAGGUUACGAGCUGGUUACUGAAGGAGAGCGCAAAGAUGCACGUCUAGAGGAUGAUUUUGUCGGUAGUGAGAGUGAAGAGGAUGAAAGGCAUACUGACUUUCUCGCCCAUAGAUGUACAGUCCAUUAUCUUCCUGCUCCUCCCCCACCACCUUCUAUACCAAAAUACAAAUUUUUACCCAAGUUCUCCACUGAGCCAGUUAUGGCCCAGGCCUUCACAGUUGGGCAGACCUCCACACGUCAAGUCUCUGAGGGCACAAGAAAGACCGAACCCAUGCGAAUAGCACCAACCCACUGCCUCUCACCCAAUGCCUCCAGACAAGGGAGCAGACUGGAUUGGUCUGAGGCUGGUAGAGCACUGCCUGAUGGAGAAACCAGGAUAUCUAUCAACAGAUCAUCUGUUCGCAAGAUCUCUCGAGAGAGUUCUGGCCUCCAAAAGGUGAGGGUCGAUAGAAGGGUUCUACCUCUGGGCUCCAGCAGGCCUGAUCUAAGGAGAAGUCAAGAACAUGAAGAGGAUGAGGAAGAUGAGUUGCGAAUGUUGGCCAGUCUGAAGAGAGAGCAGGAAGAAGACAUGGGCGGACCGGGCCUUAGCAUGUCACAGGUUCACCAUUGCAACAUAAGUUUAAGUACAAGUAGUGAUGACACCUCAACCUGGACUCAAUGUAUUCCUUUGCCAGUUGAACAAGGCCAGCACUACCAGAAAGAAAUGAACCCUCUUCUUCACUCUAAUCCCAGAGAAUGGAUGGAUGUCCUUAGUCCUCCGAUAGUUCAUCCAAAUCAACAGAUGGCAGAUGGGAAAGGAGACCACAGCACGGUCUCAACCAAAGGGUCUAAAUUAUGCAACACCAGUGGGGGAGAGGAGUUUCUCAAUUUAAUGUAUGAUUCCUGCCUCAAAUGUUAUUUUGAUCCACAGUCUGGGAAAUAUUAUGAGCUGCUCUGAUCUGAGAUGAGCUACAUCUACAGACAUGAAAAAGACAGCUGAUCUAUACUGCCCCCAUGUAUGGAUUGGUGCAAGUGCUAUGCUGUCCUUUAAAGGGAAUUUGAUGUGUAAAGUGUACAUUUAUCUUAACUGAUUUUACUAUGUUUUUUCAUUUUAGAUAAUUCAUUAAAAUUGUUGGCUGUGAGCUAUAAUUUAAGAAGAUAUGAUAUAAUGACUCAAUAA